AUGGCCGACUAUGACGUCCGGGGAAAAAUUGCUCUCGUUACCGGAGCAGGGCCCGGCAUUUCCCUAGCUCUUGCCCAACGGCUUCUCGAAGCAGACUGCUCAGUCAUGAUCGCGGACUUAGCCCUCCGACCCGAAGCCGAAGCCACCGUCGCCAAAUACCCAAACCCGCCGCCCGCGGAUGCCAGCGGCAGGCCCUCAGCCGCGUUCCACAAGACAGACGUAGCGAAUUGGACGCAGCUCAAUGCCCUGUGGGAGGCGGCGCUCAAGACCUUCGGCCGCGUCGACAUCGUGGUCAACGGCGCCAGCAUUUUCGAGCCGCCCUGGUCGUCCUACUGGAACCCGCCGGGCGUCUCUCCUUCGCCCCGGGACCCGACCGACGCCGCCGUGGGCGCCUACCGCAUCUUCUCGAACCGACAUGUCAAGGGCAACCUCCUGUGGGUCUCCAGCAUGGGCGCGUACGUGCAUUCGAUCCAGACGCCCCUGUACUUCGCCAGCAAGGCGGCCAUCGUCAGCGUCUUCAAGUCCCUCCAGGGUCUGAGGGAUCUGGUGGGCAUCCGCAACUCGGCCGUCUGUCCCGGGCCGACGAGGACACCUCUAUUUGACCAGGAGUUCUGCCGCGAUCGCCUGGGCCAGGAUGACCUCGCCCUGGCGCCCGCCGACGUCGCCGACGUCAUGAUGAGACUCCUUACCGAGGAGCAGUACGGCGACGGCAACAUUCUUGAGGUUAUGAUGAUUGGCACCAAGGAGAGGCCCGAGGUUCACCUGAAAGAGGUCCAACUAGACGCCUUGUACCCGACUGUCAGCCCGAUGGGCGGCAACACCAAGGCCAUGGAGGAGGAACUCAAGUUCAUGCAGCUCGUUGCCCAGAAAGGAAUGCGUUCCACUUGA